UUUCUUGACUCUUGUAUUGUGUUUUCAAUAUUAAACCUUGUGACUAACCUAGCGUAAUCAGUGGUUAUCAUUUACGUCUGUAUUUAGGUUACAAAUGGCUGCUAAUAUUCCUCCCGUCUCAAGACUUUCAUCACGUUUAAUCCGAGUGUUGUGCUCCAAUCCUGGCCCUAUGACACUGCAGGGAACUAAUACGUAUAUAAUUGGAACAGGAAAAAGAAGGAUUCUAUUGGAUGCUGGUGAGCAAGAUGACAUACAGUACUUGAAGAUAUUAGAAGAUAUAUUGAAGGAAGAAAAUAUAGAUUUUGAACAUGUCAUUGUUACACACUGGCAUCAUGAUCAUAUUGGAGGAGUACACAAUGUGGUGAAUAGAUUCAACAAUGGCUGCAAGGUAUGGAAAUUUAAUCGCUUAGAUCCUCCUGAUUUACCAUUACCAGAUAAUAUUCCUCUGAAUUAUCUUAAAGAUGGAGAAGAAAUUGGUACAGAAGGAGCCACUCUCAGAGUUAUUCAUACACCUGGUCACACAAAAGAUCACAUUGUAUUAAAACUGCUAGAAGAUAAUUCCUUGUUUAGUGGGGACUGCAUAUUGGGUGAAGGCACUGCAGUAUUUGAAGACCUGCAUGACUACAUGAAUUCUCUGCGACGAAUAUUGGAACUGAAGCCCACUUGCAUCUAUCCUGGACAUGGGCCAGUGGUGGAGAAUCCUUUGCCAAAGAUCGAGUAUUAUAUAAACCACAGGAAUAAGAGAGAAGAAGAAAUCCUUAGAGUUCUGAAAGAGAAAGGUACAAAGAUGUCAGAAAUGGACCUAGUGAAGAUCAUUUACAUUGAUACUCCAAAAAAUCUCCACAAUGCAGCAGCUUUAAAUAUAAAUCAUCACCUCUGCAAGUUGCUGAAAGAAAAGAAGGUGCUUCAGUGUGGCUCUAAGUGGAAAUACAACACACUGGAUUCCAACCUAUAGCAUCAAUCGCCUUAUCAUACAGCUUACCAGUGCCUUUUUUGGUGCCUGGGGAAAGAGUCAGACUGUGAAGAAAUUAUAUUCAAAGAUAUUCUGUACAUGCAAGAAUGACACACUAAUUUUCAUGUCUUUGUAUUGAAACUGGAUUAUUUCAAACUCUGACAUGGUAGAGGCUUUAAUUUGCCUAACCUAUAAAUAUAAAGAGGGAAAUUUAAAUUGUUUUGAAGUCAAAUACAGCAAUACCUCGCAUAGUCCAGGUAAUCAGUUCCGCCAAUGUCCCGGACUGUUUGAAACUGGACUAAUCGAGAAACUAAAUACAUACAAAAAAUUAUAAUUGGGUAAAAAAAACUCCGUUUUUCAAUAAAUAAAACACGGUUAAUAAA